CUGUUCCUCCUCCACACUGACACCAACGAUGAGGCACUGUUCCUCCCCCACUGACACCAACGAUGGGGCACUAUUCAUCCUCCCCACUGACACCAAUGAUGGGCACUUUUCUCCCCACUGAUACCAAUGAUGGGGCACUAUUCCUCCCCCACUGACACCAAUGAUGGGGCACUUUUCCUCCCCACUGACACCAAUGAUGGGGCACUAUUCCUCCUCCCCACUGACACCAACUAAUGAUGGGGCACCAGAGAUCUGGGGCACCCC